UGUUUGGCAUAACUGGUUGGUUAACUCCUAAAGGAGAUUAACCGGGAAAACCUCCAUCCCAAAUUCCCAACCCAAUCUAUUCAAACAAAAGCUCGGAGUAGAAGAGGGAUAAACAUGGCGACAUCCACACUCUCAAUCUCACCCUCUUCGCUCCACUUUCUCUCUCAUCAUCUCAAUUCCUUCACCUCAUCACCACCACCACCUUCACCCGCCCUCACUCUAUCUCCUCCCCGGCGCUUCUCCAAGCUUUCCGUUUCGUCGCCGGACGUCUGCCACUCUCCUCACCAGCCGCUGAUCAUCGAUCAAUCCGCGCUCGUUGUCGAAGAAGCCGUCUCCGAGGAGGCUCUUUGGGCUGCCGCAUGUCUUCGAAUUCGAACUUUUAACGAAUUCAAGGAGGAUACUUUCCGUGUCGAGGAUCAUAAGAGGUACUUGACUGAGCGAGAGUUCGAAGCACUUAAAGAACGUGUUGCAGGCAAGAGGAAGGGUUUCAGAACGGUUUCUUGCAUAAAUGCCUCCCUCCCAUUGUCACAUCUAUCAGCCUUAUCCGGAGAUCUCUGCAUUUCUUGUAAGUUCUCUGAUGAUGGAGGAUAUCGAGUUGUGGUUGGGACACUUGAUCUAAGUCAGUGUUUGAGCCUUCCUGAUGAGAUGGCAGGGAUGAAGCCACAGGGUAUUGGAGCUGAUUUUUUGAGGGCUUAUUUGAGCAAUGUCUGUGUUGCCAAGGAAUUGCACAGAAAUGGAUUGGGUUAUGCACUCGUCUCAAAAUCAAAGUGUGUUGCUGAAAAAUGGGGAAUAACUGAUUUAUAUGUUCAUGCUGCGGUUGACAAUGAAUCGGCGAAGAAGCUGUAUAUGAAGAGUGGUUUCACCUAUGAAAGUGAUGAACCAGCAUGGCAGGCUAGAUUCGCUAACAGGCCAAAAAGAAUAAUUCUUUGGUUUGGAUUACCAAACCCGUACAACUUAUAAACAUCAAAGCCAGGUUACCUCUGAUGCCAAUAUCUUUUGAUGUAUCUUUGCACUAUAUAUUUUCAUUUUUUUUUGUGUAUACCUGAAAAGUCGGGCAAUAUUUUAUGUAGUUUAACUGUACAGUUUAGGUGACAUUGCUAUAAGUUAUAUGCAGUGUCCAUACAUCUAUUAUCACUGUAUAGUAAAUCCUGCAUCAUUAUUAUUUAUUGCAGUAUCGAUUGGCAAA